AGCAGCCCUCUCCUCUCGGGUCCAGGCCUGGGGGUGGGCACUCCACACAUGUUUGAGGCGGGGCCAGAUGUCCACGGCUCAGUCCCUUUUUGUUCCCGGGAUUGGAUCUCCAGGCGGGUGGGGCAGGGCUGUCCGAUUCCCCAGCACUCCCCCUCUCCGGAGCGUUUGCUCAAGAAGGGACUAGCUGGGCUUCUGGCCAUUCAUUUCUGCCUGGGCCCUUGUCCAGCGCUCCGGCUGCAGUCCAGCUAUGCACGGCCUGCGAUCCUGGGCGGCGCCCGCGUGCGGGGCCCGGGGCUGCGUGGUGCCCAACACCGUGCUCCUGCUGCUCGUCUACCUGGCUUACCUGGCGCUGGGCACCGGCGUGUUCUGGGCGCUGGAAGGGCCCGCCGCGCAGGACUCCAGCCGCAGCUUCCAGCGGGACAAGUGGGAGCUGCUGCGGAACUACACGUGUCUGGAUGGCCCCGCGCUGGACUCGCUGAUCCGGGACAUCGUCCGAGCAUACAGGAAUGGAGCCAGCCUCUUGGGCAACACCACCAGCAUGGGACGCUGGGAGCUCGUGGGCUCCUUCUUCUUCUCCGUGUCUACCAUCACCACGAUCGGCUAUGGCAACCUGAGCCCCCACACAAUGCCUGCACGCCUCUUCUGCAUCUUCUUUGCUCUUGUGGGGAUCCCGCUCAACCUCGUGGUGCUCAACCGACUGGGCCAUCUCAUGCAGCGGGGAGUACACAGCUGUGCCCGCAGGCUAGGGGGCACCUGGCAGGACCCUGCCAAGGCUAAGUGGCUGGCAGGCUCCGGCGCCCUGCUCUCUGGCCUCCUGCUUUUCCUGCUGCUCCCGCCGCUGCUCUUCUCACUCAUGGAGGGCUGGACCUACUUGGAGGGCUUCUACUUUGCCUUCAUCACCCUCAGCACCGUGGGCUUCGGGGACUACGUGAUUGGGAUGAAACCCUCCCGGAAGUACCCCCUGUGGUACAAGAACACAGUGUCCCUGUGGAUCCUCUUUGGGAUGGCGUGGCUAGCCCUGAUCAUCAAGCUGAUCCUCUCCCUGCUGGAGACCCCAGGUGGCGCGUGCUCCUGCCACCACCACAGCUCCAAGUCCCGAAGCUGGAAGCAGGGCCCAGAUAGGGAGCUGGAGUUCUGCUCGUCACAGCGAGACUGCCAUCCAGAGCCUACGGGAGUCACACAGCACCUGGAACCCUCUACCCAGGUCACACACUGUGGCGAGGACUCCUAGUUAUACCCUGGUAUGUGCUUACUCUUCCUCCUCAGUACCAACACCCCGGUUUUGAGUUGCCACAUGAUCACUCAGACUAAAGACUACUUUUUCAUCCUCCCUUGAGGGUAGGUGCAGCUAUAUGAUAAGUCUACCCAAUAGGAUAUACAAAGAUAUAUCCUGUGUGAAUUAUGGUAUAUGACUUGUGGAACGGGAGGCCGGCAGGCACCCCCCUCUUCUACACUUCCUUCCUCUAGUUGGCUUUAAUGCUGAUAUGAUGGGUGGAGCUCUGGCAGCCAUAUUGCACCUUGAGGUAGAGGCCAUGUUUGGGAUUGGUGGAUUGGUGGCACAAUAAAAUGGAAAGAGCCUGGAUCCCUAAUGAUCACAGAGCCAUCGUAACAAACCUGGACUAAGUACCACCUGAUUUUGUUUAUGUGAGAGAAAUAAAUGUCUUAUUUAACACACUA